AUGGGCUGGCUCCCUUGGUCUUCCGGCGAUUCAAACAAAAACGCAGCCGCCGACGGCGGCCGCAUCGCUCCGGACCGAACAAGUCGCGCGCGCUGCUGGGAGGGCCGCGAUCACUUCUUCGCCUGCUUAGACAAAAACGAUAUCUUGGAUGGAAUUAAAGAGGAUGGGAAGGCACGACAGAAGUGCGCGAAGGAAGUUGCAGAGUUCGAGGAGGCAUGUUCACAGAGCUGGGUGAAAUACUUCAAGGAAAAGCGUGUGAUGGAAUACAACCGGGACAAGACGAUUGAGCGGAUUCAAAAGGAGGAUGCGGCCAAGGUGAAAGACUUGAAGUCACAAGGAUGGAACUCCAGAUGA